UCAAAAGAACCAAACGAAGAAAAACCUCCCUAUUAGAAUCUUCCUUAAUCUUCAGAGAGAAUUAGUUUCCAAUAUAUAACAAUGGCUGCAAACUCAGAAGAUCCGAUGAUGACAACAAGAGAUAGUAUUUACAAAGCUGCAAGAAGUAUAAAACGACGAGACAACAGUCUCUACAACGCUCUUCGAUCUAUCUACCAAGACUCCAUCUUCGUCCACGAGAUCUCUCAGCUUUGGCCUAAACUUCCUCUCGUUGCAAACCUUCGUUGUGGUCUCUGGUACUCACCCAAAUUCGACGCCACUUGCUACUUCAAAUCCACCGAUGGUCAUACCAACAAUUUGUCCUUUAACACUUCUCGUCUCAAUCUCCAUCUUCCUCUUCUCGCUGGAGAAAAAGGAGGAUGUAUCAUUAUAGAUUCUACUCGGAAAGGAAAACGAUUUCCCGAUAGCAUGUCGAAAACGAUACCUAUAUGGUCUUGUGUACUGAACCGUUCAAUAUUUAAUCAUUGGAAGAGAUUAUGUAACAUUGAUGCAGGUUUGACUAGUGAUGAUGGUGAGAAGAUAAGGGAAUUGUUAGAUAAAUGGGAGUGUUCGUUACAUCUACCACUAUGGGUUUCAAAUACUGAGAGGGCCUCUAUAGAAGCUAGAUUGGAUGAGUGGACAAGUCAGUUAGAUGAGAGUGGAGCUGAUAUAGCUACUCUAGCUUCAUCUUUGAGAAAACCUCUGCGGCCUCUUUGGGUUUCACAGAAAACUGUCAUAUGGUUGAAUGAAGUACCUGACCAUGAUUCAUGGGAUUUCACACCUCUCAUUCUUGUCUCAGCUUCUGCUUCUGGUGAACUUCAAAACAGAACCAGUUCAGAGUUUAGUUGGAAUUAUAUUCCAGGAGCUGGUGAUGACGAAGAGAGUUGGGCUAGAGGUUUAUCUCCAAAUGUUUUUUGGACACAUGUUGAUGAUAUUAUUCACUCGGGGCCUGACUUGUGUAACCAGAAAGUUGCAGAGAUUGUUGAAAACGAUAGAGUGUAUCGAGCGCAGAGAGGUCAGGAAGCUCCUCAGGUUGUUGUCAAAUGCUCAAAAUCUAAUGGUGUAGUCAACCACGCUAAGAGUGGUGAAAUCAUAUCUCUUACUCCACAAAAACCUAAAGUUGAUGAAGAAAGUUUAGUAUUUUGGUUGGCAUCAACAAAUCUUGCUGUUGGAGCAUCACAAGUAGCUGGUAAGGUGACAUCAAUUGACUGCAUAUUAAAUUGUGAUCAAAACCCCAUCUCAGUCCCUGUAUCAUAUUUUGAAGAGCAUUUGCAUCUACCCAUGAAGGGUUCAAAAUUUGAUAGAAUUUCUAUAUCAAGAAAUCUUCGUGCCGCGGUUAAUUUUGCUAAGCUCAAGAUGAGUUCAGGGAAGAAAGUCUUAGUUUGUUGUCAAGAUGGGGAAGAUAUCAGUAUAUGUGUUUGUUUGGCCAUUUUGAUGUCAUUAUUUAAUGAAGAAGGGAACUUUGAUGGUGGAAAAUCCUUUGAAGAGAAGAGUAUAACAAAAAUGGAUAUGCGAAGGAUGCUAAUAUUUAUAUGCAAAUACGCGGUGAAUGCUCGACCAUCUAGAGGCAAUCUAAAGCAAGUUUUUGGUUUUCUCUCGUCUCAGCGGGAAAAUUCAGACUAUCUCGUCACUAUGGAUAUUAUCGAAGAUCCAAAAGAGUCUUCAUUGCAGACUGUCAGUGUUCUUGGCAAACUAGGUCCCUUCGGCUUUGUGUCUCUCCAGAAUGAUACAAACUUGGGGAAAUCAUACGUCAAGAAGACAAGUAUUCUCGAACAGUCUAAGAAUCUGGAGAAGGAGCUCAGAAUCAUGCUUCGUUUCCACAACAAUCCCUUCAUCGUUCGAGCUUCAAGCGAUCAUCUUCACUUCGUGACCAACACAAAAAGCAUGAGUUUGUGUUACAUCUACAUGGAGUAUGCUUCCUUAGGGAAUCUCAACAAGAUGAUUUCUGAUGCCGGAGGGAGAUUGCCUGAAGAUAGUGUCAGACGUGCCACACGUAUGAUCCUACAAGGACUCAAGGCUCUUCACUCUGAAGGUUACGUCCACUGCGACCUCAAGCCAUCAAAUGUACUUGUGUUCCCUUCCAACACUCUUGGCGAGCCAUGGGAUCUCAAGCUUGCUGGUUUCUGUUUAUCCAAAGAGCCUACUAUGGAUUCUAAACUGUUGUUUCCUGGAACCCUUGAGGAGUACAUGCCGCCUGAGGCCAUUGAGCAGGACAGGUUUGUUGGGCAGGACAAACUGAUCGGACCAGCCCGUGAUAUAUGGUCUCUAGGACGUAUUGUUCUUAGGAUGUUUGGGGGUAUUCCUGUUGAGGUGAGAGGUUCUAACACUUGGAGGCUGUACGAAGAUAUCUCUCCGGAGGCCACAGACUUCGUGAGGAGGUGCUUGGCAUGGCGCCCUUCGAAUCGGGCCACCGUGGAUGAGCUCUUAGACCAUCCUUUUGCUGCUGAAAAACUUCCAUUUCUCCUUUCUUUCUUAAGGGUUCCUUCUUUCAUAAGAAGGAUUGCCAUGGAAAAAUUGUAUGUUAGACAUGAGGAACUGAUACCAAAACCUCAAGGGUUGCUCUGGUGACAAUAAAAUGAAACUGAAUUU